AUGAGACCACAUCCAUAUCUUCUACAGCAAGUCACACAGAAUGCUAGACCUUUCCUUGUGAAGGCAUCACACAUCCCUAUAUCACCAUCUUCACCAAUCUUCAUUCAUCAUAAUAAGAUCUUGAGUAUCAAGACAACUUCGUUAAACAAAAUUCAAUCUCAAACACAAUAUCAAAACAUCUUAAAAUCAAUCGUAUUUGGUGGGUUUUAUUCCAAAUAUCGUAAAUUUGAAAGUCUAAUACCAUUUGAGCUUUUCAUUAGUGGGAACAAUAACAAUAAACUGAUACUUGAUGGUACGAUAGAUUGGGCAAUUUUACCUAGAAAAGCAUUGACUGGAUAUAAAGGGAUAGCAUUAAAUGUUUCACAAAAGAAAACUCCAUGGAAAUCUGGAUUAGCAACACUUAUAAGAUCUGGUUAUAUUCACAUCUCUGGUAGAGGUGAAGCCUUCAUAAAUUCAAGUGGUGAUGUCCAUACUAUUAAAUUGGAAGCUGGUGAGCAAAUCAUAGUAAGACGUGAUGGUAUCGUUGCUUUGAGUGUCAAUGGUAAAGAAUUAGGUGAAGCUACUGAACCUGUCAAGUUUGGUGAUAAUACAUAUGAAGAAAUUGAAUUAAACCAAAAUGAAUCAAUCAAAAGUGAGAAUGAACUGAAAGAUAUUGCAAUUGGGACCUGGAAUACAUUGAGAAAAGGUGGUCAAUGGCUAUGGGAUCAAGUAACAAAAGAUGAAUUUGUUAGAAUAAAAGGUCCUAGAAAUGUUAUCUUAUCAAGUGAUGUAUCAACUAGUUUUGAAUUUAACAAAAAUUCAGAUGAUAUUGGGUUGACCGAAACUUUGAUCCAAAAAGCUAAAAACUCAACAUUCGAACAUUGA